AUGGGUUCAACCAGCUUUACCAAUCCCUAUGCGAUCGAAGUCAUUCGGAUGAAGAAAAACGACCUGGUCAGUGGCAUUUCAAAUACAGAGGAUUUGCUGGAUCUCCUCAUUGCAAAUGGAGUUCUUCAACCCGACAGCCGAGCCAUGAUGUCCAGCAUCACUGCGCAGGAGGAAAAGAACUCCAUUAUGUUAAACGUCCUGAUCUCGAGAGGAGAACGUGCCUGCCGUAUCUUCUUCUACCCUUGUCUGAAAAGAGCAGAACCUGACCUUUACCACCACAUGAGAACGUAUGUGGGUGGGGUUAAUGAGGGUAUUAAAGAUGCACGGAGACAGCUGAUUGGAUAUCUGCUGGAGAAAGACAAACAAGGUCUUGUCAAAUACUCAAAAUCAAACAGAGAACUUAAUCCUGAAAGAAUCCAGCCGAAGCCUAUAACGAAUGAGACUACGCAUUCAAUAGAACAAAGCGAACACAUCCCCAAAUCUGAAGGCGAUGCCAUCCUCAGAGCCAUAUCCUCAGGUGAUCUCUAUCUCCUCCAGGAGCUUAUCAAAGGUUUGGAUGUCAAUAGUGCUCGCUCGUCCACUGAUACUCUGCUACACGUAGCUGCUGAAUAUGGUAAGGAGGCUGUCGUGUACUUUCUGCUCAGACAGGGGGCGAAACUGAACCUAAAGGACAAGGACGGCCGUACUGCCCUGCACAGAGCUUCAGAACGGGGCCGUACUGCUGUUGCUUUGGCCCUUGUGAAGGCUGGGGCGGACAUCCAUGCUACCGACCAAACGUCAAAGACACCUUUGCAUCUCGCAGCUCAAAAUGAACAUGAGAGUACGGUCAAAGCUCUAGUGCUCGAAGAGAAGAAAAGCCUCAAGAAUCAGACAACAGUUCUGCACAUGGCAGCCAUUGAGGAUGAUGCAAAACUGGCUGAGGUUCUUCUGAGAAACGGCGCUUUAGUAGAUACCCGAGAUGGACAAAGGAAGACGGCUCUCUAUCAUGCCGUUCGCCACGGGAAUGAGAAAACCGCUGCUGUGCUGCUGAAGGCCGGAGCCCAGGUGGACUCUGUGAUCAUAGAUGCUGCUUUUGAGCUGAACAGAAAGUCUCUGUUGUCUCUGUUUUUGCGGUAUGUCCAGAAGUCCAUGUCUCAGAAUGAGAUGAACUCUGCUCUUUUUAAAGCGGUACAGAGGAACUCGGACGGGGUCGUGGCUGCGCUCAUUGAUCACGGUGCAGAUGUUAAUAGUUUUAAUGAGCUUGGAUACACACCUAUGCUUCUAGCCGCAGAGAUGGGAAAUGCUGAGGCCUUCAAAGUGCUGGUCUCAAAAAAGGCAAGACUGGAUGAGAGACUGCCAAACCAGAUCUCUGGUCUUCACCUGGCCAUCCAAAGUGGAAGUAUGCAAAUAGCACAGAUGUUGUUGGAUAAGGGCAUAGACCCCGACAUCAGUGGCCCUAAAGAUCAGACCCCUCUCCAUCUAAGUGCAUUACAUAACCAGCCAGCGUUGACGGCGCUGCUGUUGCGUGUGGGGGCUCAGAUUAACUCUAUCACCCAGGACGGACUCACUCCCCUGCACCUCGCCAGCCAGAGCGGCCACACUGAAGCGGUCGCCCAGCUGCUGGAGGGCAAGGCUGACGUCUAUAUCAAAGACAAACAGGGAAGAACAGCCCUGCACUGGGCGGCAGCACAAGGGGAGGUGGGCGUCAUACAGCUACUCCUCACUGCUGGGGCCGAUGCCAACGUCUCUGAAAGAGAGAAGAAGACCCCACUGCACCUGGCUGCCAUGGAGGGACACACUAAGGCAGUUUCAGUGCUGCUGGCCGGUAAAGCUAAAGUUGGAGCUAAGGACAUGGAUGGUUGCUCUCCACUACAUUACGCAGCUCGAAACGGGAAGGAAAGAGCAGCUGGUGUUCUUCUCACAUCUGGUAAGAUCAAGAAUGUGGAUGAUAAGAACGUGUGGAGAAGGACUCCUCUGCAUUUAGCAGCAGAACAUGGUCGUGAGGUGCUGGUGGGCCUUCUGCUGGAGAACGGUGCCAAGAUCAACUCCCUGGAUAACAAUAAAGACACACCGCUGCACUGUGCUUGUCGUGAUGGGCAUGUGGAAACGGUACAGAGGCUGAUAAACUGGACAAAUGGAGAACGAGCAAACCUUCAGGCAACUAAUAAUGUGAAGAAAACGUCCCUCCAGGUGGCAGAGUCAGAGGACACACCGGCUCACCAGAACAUAACUACCCUGCUAAAGAAGAAGAUGUUCCUUGUGAAGUAAUAAAAACAUACAGACAAGAAAACGAUAUCAUCUUAAAUAUGUUUGGCAGAAAUGUCUGCUUAGCUGUUUUAUGAAUCAGUGACUCAUAAGUCACCUCAACUAGCCAGCAGCUUUCACUCUUUGCAUCAUCAGACAAAUUUUACAAACAUUUAAAGUACGACAAACUUAGCAUACUAAUAUUGUCUAAUGCUUAAAGCCGGCAUGAAACAGAAGUUGUGAUUGAUGUCUUCAUUAUUGUUAUGUAUAAUCAAGUGAAAUGGCUUCUUGAACAAGUAUAGGCCAGGAUUUGAUUUUGUCUUUCAUGUGAUAUGAUUGGUUGUGGUUUGCUAUUGCUGUGAUCUCAAGUGACAAGUUGUGUAACUAUGUGCAUAGAUAAAUCAUUUCUAAUAAAUACUGCAAUAUUCCAUGAAGACAAGA